AUGUCCAGCUCAAGACCCAAACCGGGGGAAAGGCCCCCUGGCCGAGCCCAAGCGCGCUCCAACUCGAGAGAAGAAGCCCGGACAAGAGCUGGGUCCCACCAGCCUGGGCAAGCCCAAGGGCAAGUUCCGCCUGGGCUUCAGCCCGAGUUUUGUGACGUUAGCGCUAACGUCACCCCUGACAUCAGUGCACGGUAA